UUCCCUAAAAAUUCCCUUUAUAUGUUUUACGUGCAGACGUGAAAUGGAUUGGCUUUUACACAUGUUUUUCAUACUUUGAUUAUUAAUAACAGAGAAGAAUGUUUGUAAAUGUGAUUUUUGAAACAGUGACGUUCAUUAUAAAUAAAUUUUUAAAGAUAAUUCAAGUGUUAAGUUAUGUCUGAUUAUAUUAUUUAAUAUUUGAUUAGAAAAGAAUGUCUGAAACUCGUUCUUUGCUUCCUCCUCUUCAAAGAAGUUUAAGAAAUGAAAUUACAGAUCGUAAAGAAUGGACUAAGAUCUUAAAAUCUCAAAAAAUGAGUGAACAAAAGGCUAUAAAUAGAUCAAAUUCAUUAGAAAAUGUACUUAAUUCUUCUGGAAACUUGAAAUUGAGAAGAAAUAGUGUUCCUGUUGGAAAUAAUUGUAACAACAACAACAACAACAACAACAACAACAACAACAACAUUUCAAAAACUGAAGAAAAAUCAGCUCAACAAACGUACACAAUUCAAAUUCCUCCCUUAUUUGGUGAUCAGAAAUUGUUUCUUCAAGGCUCACAAAUGUUGGAAACGUUAGCCCAAAUGUUACAACAGCAAAAAGAUAAUGAAAAUUCCAAUAAUCGAAAAAACACAUUAGAAGGCAGCCAAUUUAAGAAACUCAAUUACUAUCAUUCAAAGCUAAAACUAUUAUUAAAAGAACAAUGUUUAUGUAAUUUAAAAAAAGAAUGUAUUACACAUAUUCAAACAGCUGAGAAAUUUGUAGUUGAAAUUAAAGAAAUUGUUAUUAAUGAGUAUAAAAAAUUAAAAUAUGUUUUGGACACAAAUCUAUGCAAAAAUAGGUUUUUUAUUCAAGAGAGUGGGAUUUAUUUAGGAAGUGUUAGAUCGUUGAUAGAGAUGCUUAGCUUACAUGUUGGUCUGUGGCCUUCGUUAUUAAGAAGUUUUGGAAGAGCCCUUAAUAUACUUAAUAUUGGUUGGGAUCCAACCCUUGAUGUUCUUUUGACUCAAACUCAUAAGAUUUUACAAAAUUUAGAAAUUCAAGCUUUAUUCUGGAUACGUCGGAUUUUGGAUAUUGAUUUUUCCAUAAUUUGUAUCAUUGGGGGCCAAAUUAUACCGUCGGAUGCAUUACAAAAUGCAUUUCAAACACUUCAAAAUUUUAAUAAAUUAUUGAGAAUUGAUAAAAAUGAAAAUAUUUGUUUUUGUCAAGUACAUUGUAUUGAAAUAAAUAAGUUUUGUUCCAGAUGUAAGAUAGUUCCAUUUUCAUUUUUGGAAGCAAUUAAGUUGUUGGCAAACUAUGAAGCAAAAACUGCCGCAAGGAAGUUGUCGUCAUUUCUUGUAACCGAAUGUAAAAAAUUAUCUUCGGGAAAGCAAGAAGAAUUUGAAUGGGGGUCAAUGCUAGCUAAUUCAAAGGAUGCCACUCAUGUUAAAUUAAAUGGCACAUCUGAUUAUUUUUCAGCUUCUAUUAGUGAUGUAGCAUUUGGUAGAAAAACAAAUACUACUAAUACAGUUCAUAGUACUACAUUAUCAUCAGGAUCCAAUAAUGCAUCUGCUAUGAAUAAAGUUAUUAGUGAAUUACUUCAAAACAAUCAAAUGAUAUUAUUAAAAUUUUUAUUUGCUUUUGCAUGUGUUAAAAUCCAGCCAGAAAAGGAAAAUAAUUUUGCAAGUAUUCAACGAAACAAUCAAGAAUUUCAAGGUUCUCGUCAAAUUUGGCAGAUUCCAACAAAAUUAGGAUUUGAAGAUAGUACACAGUUAGAAAGAACUUAUUGGCAUCAGUUUUGGCUAGGGUUAACAGAAGAAACAAUAUCUGUUUUGACAAAUUUUUCAGUUACAUUAUUUGUUUCAAAAACUGAUUCAUUGUAUCCAUUAUCAUUUUCUUCAGUUGCAUUUCAAAAAGAAUUACUUAGAUUAUUGAAAGAUUUCAAAUCAGAUGGAGAUGCAACUGUAAAGUUGAUGGAUAUGUUGCAGAAAGUGCAUGAUAUGAUAUAUACUCAAAUAUGUUUAAUGGCAUGGGAUGAAAGAUUUUGUACAACAUUAGCAACAACUUAUUCUUCUCGUUGUGUGCCAAUUCCUCUGAUUGAAGGAACAGCAGGAACAAAUCAUGGAAAUUUAAUUUGUUCUAUUUUUGAACCAAUGGUUUCUUGUUUAUUGAUGUUAAUUCCAGCAGGUUAUUUUACUACAGCAUUCAAAAUUAUUUCACACAUAAACUCUACUUCAGAUUAUGCUAUUAGAUGGGCAAGAGACAAACGACAAGUUUUCCUCUCAUGCUGGAAUAUUCCUAUAUAUCUAUUAAUCAGUUGUUCUGAUUUAGAGUUAAUGACAAAGAUAUUACAGAAUCUCAAAUCUGUUCACUGGAGUAAUGAAACUAGUGAUGGGCCUGCUAGAAUUCAGUUAAAAGAAAAUUGGAAUAAUCUUUUAGAAAUUAUAUCUUUUAUGGAGAAUAUUGGAAGUCAUAUUUUUAAAGAAUUAAAUCAGAAAGCUUAUUCAUUUGGACUGCAAACAUUUGAAGAAUUAAUGCCUGCAAGAAGUUAUUGGAAAAAAUCAAAAAUUG